ACUACACUGCAGGUUAAAACCACCUGAUCAAAUAAACAAGACUACUAACUUCACUGAGACCUACCCUUGGUAGGCUGACCCCACAAGAGAACUGAGAAGUGCAGUCUGAGAUGGACAGCAGUAAUUGUAAAGUUAAUGCUCCUCUUCUAAGUCAAAGAUACCGGAGAAUGGUCACAAAAGAUGGCCACAGCACACUUCAAAUGGAUGGUGCUCAAAGAGGUCUUGCUUAUCUUCGGGAUGCAUGGGGAAUCCUAAUGGACAUGCGCUGGCGCUGGAUGAUGCUGGUCUUUUCUGCUUCUUUUGUUGUCCACUGGCUUGUCUUUGCAGUACUCUGGUAUGUUCUAGCUGAGAUGAAUGGUGAUCUGGAAAUAGAUCACGACGACCCACCUGAAAACCACACUAUCUGUGUGAAGUACAUCACCAGUUUCACAGCUGCAUUCUCCUUCUCCCUGGAGACACAACUUACAAUUGGUUACGGUACUAUGUUCCCCAGCGGUGACUGUCCAAGUGCAAUCGCCUUACUUGCCAUACAAAUGCUCCUAGGCCUCAUGCUAGAGGCUUUUAUCACAGGUGCCUUUGUGGCGAAGAUUGCACGGCCAAAAAACAGAGCUUUCUCAAUUCGCUUCACUGACUUAGCAGUAGUAGCUCACAAAGAUGGCAAACCUAAUCUUAUCUUCCAAGUGGCCAACAUCCGGCCCAGCCCUUUGACCAGUGUUCGGGUCUCAGCUGUACUAUACCAGGAAAGAGAAAAUGGUGAACUCUACCAGACCAGUGUGGACUUCCACCUUGACGGCAUCAGUUCUGAGGAAUGUCCAUUCUUCAUCUUCCCACUAACCUACUACCAUACCAUCACACCAGCAAGUCCUCUAGGUACCCUGCUCCAGCAUGAGAACCCUCCACACUUUGAAUUAGUUGUGUUCCUCUCAGCAAUGCAAGAAGGCACUGGGGAAAUCUGCCAAAGAAGGACAUCCUACCUACCCUCUGAGAUCAUGUUACAUCACCAUUUUGCAGCUCUGAUAACUCGAGGUUCCAAAGGUGAGUAUCAAGUCAAGAUGGAGAAUUUUGACAAGACUGUUCCUGAACAUUCAACUCCUGUGGUUUCUAAGAGUCCACACAGGACUGACCUAGAUAUUCGUAUCAAUGGACAAAGCAUUGACAAUUUUCAAAUCUCUGAAACAGGGCUGACAGAAUAAGACUCACCUAUUCCAUCCCACUUCUUAAUGUAUUAAAUAUAUCCGGCCAAUUAUGCAGCUAUUUUCCUUCACUGUAUCUCAUGUUUCCUUUUCCUCAAUGCUGACUACAUCAUGUCUAUGCUCACAAAAAAAAUGGCUAAGCUAACUAUACACAUUACUUAAAACAAAACAGUCUAUGCUACCAAGUUUCUAUCAGUGGUAAUCUGCUCAAAUCAAGGCAACUCAAUCUGAUAGGUACCCAUGUGAACAAAGCUGCAAAGAUGUAGCAUGGUAUCAAUAAGGAAGAUAAAAUGGACAGUGAAAGCUAACACAGCUGAACUCUAAGAAAAAUCAGCUCUCAUUUUCAUUUGUAAACUAAAGCAACAGUCUAAUUUCAAGCCUAGCUCCCUGGGUGGAAAGCUGAUUUCACAAUAUUUAGUGAACAGCCUUUUACGACUUUUAUUUUUUCAAGACAGCAAACAUCAUUCCUUUGAUUCUUUAAACUACAAAACUAGGACAUUAUCGCCCAAAUUUUUAACAGUUAGAUACAAAAAUACAAAAGAAAAGCAACAAUAUAAAUUUAUAGAUAACCCCAAAAGCAUUUGACUACAAUACCCAAACACAUGUAUAUAUAUUCAUGCAUUUUUGGUAGAAUAUUCAAAACAAGUAAGAAAAGCUCUGACCCAGACAGAACCUGCAGGGUGGUAUUUCUGGCAAAAGAUGCAAAACUGUAUGUUUCUACUAUUUUAAACUCUUACUUGCAUAAUACUCAAGUAGGGAUCUAAAAGUUAAUCACUUCAGCAUCUGAAAGCAUUAUCUUAGUAUGCAUGACCCAUUCAAUGACAUAAAAAAGUCGUAGAACCUUCCUAAAUACUAAUAUGAAUUUACGAUUUUAUAGAUACAAAACUUGAAUUAAGAUAUAAUGCAACUAGGAAAAAAUCUCCAAUAGACAAAGCAGAAAAUUAGGUAACAAAGUAUUUUCAAACCCAAAUUCCUGUUUCCAACAUCAAAUAGUUUUUUCUAUAAACACAAAAUGAGUGUUUAUUCACCAGUAGGAGGCUGGACUAGAUGAUCUCUAUUGUUUCUUUCCAAGUCUAAUAUUCCAUGAAUAUUAUGCAUUCUCUGCCUGUCUUUAUUUUAUAUAUACUAAGAUGAACCCUUUUUUAAUAUCAUGCUUAAGAUACUUCUUUAAACAAUCUUCAUUUCAACUGAAACCUUGAGCUGUCCUCCAGUAAAAUAAAAAAAAAAAAAUCAUACUAUCAGGUUUCAAAGAGAUCUGUAACUGCAUGCCUCCUCUUCCAUUUCCCUUAUUUGGGAUUAAGUGGGAAAAGUACAAGAUUAAAUUUCACUGUGUGAUGACCCAGACAGGAUCAUCUUGAAAUACAUACUAAGUAAGUAACAGUAAUGUUACAGAGAACAGCAAGUCACAUUUUUCUACUUUUUAACAAAAGGAAAAGAAAAUAAAGAACAACUUUGGAGUGUCCUAAGACUGAUAAUAGCAGAAGACUAUUAAGAACACAGAACCUAUUUAUUUUGAAGCUUUGCUGUUUAAAAAUCGCAGACAUAUACUCUUCCAUGGCAGGCAAACCAACUUAAGACUGCUGAUGAGAACAGCAGAAAUUCCUUAUCAAGAUUAUCCUGACCUGUGAAAAGAAAACCUUAUCUGAGACUCCCUGAAUGCUUCUUUCUAAAGAACACUACAUCACUUACACAGAUUUCAACUUUAUCAAACUGCCUGUUAGUGAAUACAUUAAGACAUUUGAAACUCAAAUAUUCCUACAGAUGUUUCAUGUUCCCCAAUUAAGUAAGAUAAAUCUAAUUCCAUAGUUACUAGUCAGGCAAAAUCAACAUCUGAAAAUUAAAAGUGCCUUCCUCACCCUCCCCGCCCCUGCCAAAAAAAGGAUUGGUUGGUAGGGAUUGAAA